UCCUUGCUCUCUACCAAUUGAACCCAAAUCUACAUCUGCUAGUUUUAUGAAAGGAGAUAAAUUUGUAGGUCCAUAUCGAGAAUUAAUUGGUUCUUUAUUAUACUUAGCAUAUGUUUCUAGACCUGAUGUUUUAUUUGCAGUUAAUUGUCUUAGUCAAAUUCAAAAAAAUCCUACUGAUGUAGCUUGGUGUGCUUUAAAGAAAUUGUUGAGAUAUUUGAAGGGAACUCAAGCUUUUAAAAUUGAGUAUAAAAGAAACAUUACAAAAGAAUCUAAUUUAUCUAUGUAUGUUGAUGCAGAUUGGGUAUCAAAUCCAAAAGACAGAAAAUCUAUAACUGGUUAUGUAAUAAUGUAUUGUAAUAAUCCUAUUUUGUGGCGUUGUAAUAAACAAAAUUGUAUAGCUCUUUCUUCAACAGAGGCAGAAGUACUUGCUUUAUGCAAAGGUGUUCAAGAUUUAUUACCACUGACAAACUUUAUAAAUGAAAUUAUUAAGGUUGAUAAUAUUAUCAUUUUCGAAGAUAAUCAAUCUUGUAUUAAAUGUGUAACCAAUGAAAAUUCUCAUGGCAGGCUAAAACAUAUCGAUAUCAAAUUGAAAUACAUUCGAAAUGCUAUUACUGAGAAUGAUAUUAAAGUUAGUUAUAUACUGUAA